CCCUUUUAUUCACUCCUCUUCCCUCCUCUUGCGCUUCAUAGCGUUCCUCCCCCUCUUUGCAUAAACCUUUCAUUUAAACCUAACCUUUUUACUUCCUCUUCUUCCCUCUUCUUCCCUCUCUACAAGAAACUACACAACAUGUCCCACAGACUCGGCGGACGCAGAAAGAACGUCAAAAAAGGAUUCCAAUUUACUCUCAUGGUUGUCGGCUCGUCUGGUACCGGUAGAACCACCUUUGUCAACACUCUCUGCGAUUCUGGUGUUUUGGCCAAAAAGGUCUGUGACAGUCCAGAAGACGCCCAUAUUGAAGCAGGCAUCAACAUAAAGCCAGUAUCUGUUGAGCUCGAUGAAGAUGGUGUCAGAAUAUCCCUCACCAUUGUUGACACCCCUGGAUUUGGUGACAACAUUGACAACGAACGAUGUUUCCAUGAGAUUGUUGCUUAUCUUGAGAGACAAUAUGACGAUAUUCUCGCCGAAGAAUCACGAAUUAAACGUAACCCUCGUUUCCGCGACAACCGUAUCCAUGCCCUCCUUUACUUUAUUUCCCCCACAGGCCAUGCACUUCGUGAGAUUGAUAUCGAGCUUAUGAGACGCCUUAGUCCUCGUGUUAAUGUUAUCCCUGUCGUUGGUCGCGCUGACUCCCUCACACCUCAAGAACUAAAAGAUUUUAAACGAAGAAUUAUGGAAGAUAUUGAACAUUACAACAUUCCAAUUUACAAUUUCCCAUACGAUGUGGAAGAAGACGACGAAGACACUAUCGAAGAGAAUAGUGAACUCAGAGCUCUGCUACCCUUUUCAAUCAUUGGCAGCGACGAAGAGAUCGUUGUGAACGGUCGUACGGUGCGUGGCCGUCAAUACCCGUGGGGUGCCGUUGAAGUUGACAAUCCCCAGCACUCGGACUUUGGAAGACUGAGAUCAGCACUAUUGAGCUCUCAUUUGCAGGAUCUCAAGGAAAUUACUCACGACUUCUUGUACGAGAAUUACCGUACCGAGAAGCUUAGUCGUACAGUCAGUGGCGGUGACCAAGAUGAUGCUGCAAUGAAUGUAGACGACAUGGCAAGCCAGGGAGUCCGUCUCAAGGAGGAGCAACUGAGAAAGGAAGAAGAAAAGCUUCGUGAGAUCGAACUCAAGGUUCAGCGUGAAAUCCAGGAGAAGAGAGCCGAGCUUUCGAGCAAGGAAGAAGCAUUGCGCAGUCUUGAAGCAAGACUCGCACAGGCCCAAAUAGCAGAUGCAUAAAGGUGUGCACAUAAAUUUCCACAAAUGAAAGGUUCCAAAUUUAUGUGUAGAAGAGAUAUCACUUGCUGCAUAUGUACUUUCCAGUUCUUAGAAGAUAUACCAAAUCUCUGCUGAAUAUCACCUUUUUGGCUCAUUUCUAUUUUUUUAAAGCCUCUAUAUUGAUCUAAUUCUUCUCAUCAUCUUAAUAGCCCUUUUUUAAAUUGAUAUAAUUUUAUGAAACAAACUCAAUGACUUGACCUCUU